CACCUAUCGCCCACCAUGUUUGACGGAAGCGACGAGGAUCUGUUCAGCGCGUUCGACGACGAUGCCGCCCCGCAGCUGCUCGGCUCGGCCGCACUCAAGGCGGCGUCCAAGGACGGCGGUGCUGCUGUUGUGGCCCAGAAGCGAUCCCGGGACCAGCCUGUCGCUGCCCCCGCGCCCACACCCGCUGGAGCGCCGGCCAAGGCGCCCAAGAAGCAAAAGACCCUGAAGAUCACCGAGAUCGAGGAGCACCCAGUUGUGUCGGAUGACUUUGGACAGAACUUUGAAAAGGCAUACACCGCAAGCUCGACGUCGCUCGAGGCUCGCAAUGCAACUGGCGGCGGCGGCGCCAAGCACGCAUUUCCCUCCGUCAGCUCGGCCAGCACCCACAAGGGGGCAGAUGCCGUCCCGCCCGAGACGGCCAAUGAGCCCGAGUCCAAAGACUCCAUAUCCAAUACCCUGGUUCUUACGCAUUCGAUUCACCAUCAAGUUGCCUGUCCCCCCGGCUACCCGUACGUUCCGCUCUCGGAACAUGUCCCUCCUGCCGUCCCGGCUCGCACCUACCCCUUUACGCUCGAUCCCUUCCAGCAGACUGCAAUCUACUCGAUACAGCGGAGCGAAUCUGUUCUGGUUGCAGCUCACACCAGUGCCGGCAAGACCGUGGUUGCCGAAUACGCCAUCGCUCAAAGUCUGCUGCAAAAGCAGCGCGUCAUCUAUACCAGCCCCAUCAAGGCUCUGUCGAACCAAAAGUACCGUGAACUGCUUGCAGAGUUUGGCGAUGUUGGCCUGAUGACGGGAGAUGUGACAAUCAACCCCCAGGCCAGCUGUCUCGUCAUGACGACGGAGAUUCUGCGGUCGAUGCUGUACCGUGGUAGCGAAGUCAUGCGAGAAGUCGCCUGGGUCAUCUUUGACGAAGUCCACUACAUGCGUGACAAAUCCCGCGGUGUUGUCUGGGAAGAAACCCUUAUCCUGCUACCGGACAAAGUGCAUCACGUCUUUCUUUCGGCCACGAUCCCAAACUCGAUGCAGUUUGCGCAAUGGAUCUGCAAAAUCCACCAACAGCCGUGCCACGUUGUCUACACCGACUACCGACCAACUCCGCUCCAGCACUAUCUCUUCCCAGCCGGCGCAGACGGCAUGCAUCUGGCCGUCGAUGAAAAGGGUGUCUUUCGCGAAGACAAUUUCCAGCGAGCAAUCGGCAGCCUCGGCGAUUCAAAGCCCGAGAACGGGCCCAAGGGCCCAAAGGGAAAGAAGGACAAGUCUACGAAAGGCCCAACCGACUUGUACAAGAUCAUCAAACUGAUCAUGAUCAAGAACUAUCAUCCCGUCAUUGUCUUUGCGUUUUCGAAGAAGGAGUGUGAGGCCAAUGCCCUGCAGCUGUCGAGCCUCGAUUUCAACGACGACGGAGAGAAGGAGCUCGUCAACUCGAUUUUCACCAACGCCAUCCAUGCCCUGAACGACGACGACCGAAAGCUCCCCCAGAUCGAAAACCUGCUACCGCUGCUGAGACGUGGCAUCGGAAUCCACCACUCGGGACUCUUGCCCAUCCUCAAGGAAGUCAUCGAGAUUCUCUUUCAGGAGGGCUUGCUCAAGAUUCUCUUUGCCACCGAAACGUUCUCGAUCGGCCUGAACAUGCCCGCCAAGACGGUCGUCUUCACGGCCGUGCGCAAAUGGGACGGCAAGGAAAACCGAUGGCUGAGCGGCGGCGAGUACAUUCAGAUGUCUGGACGUGCCGGAAGACGAGGCUUGGAUGACCGUGGCAUUGUCAUCCUGAUGAUCGACGAGAAGAUGGAGCCCAACGUCGCCAAGGGCAUGCUCAAGGGCGUGUCCGAUCCCCUCAACAGCGCCUUCCAUCUGACUUACACGAUGAUCCUGAAUCUGAUGAGAGUUGAGGGCAUCAUGCCAGAGCACAUGCUGGAGAAGUCGUUCUGCCAAUUCCAGAACAGCGCCAAGCUACCGGAGCUGCAGAAGAAGCUGAUUAUUCUGGAGCAGCGCCGCGAUCACAUGGAGAUUGAAGAGGAACCCACUGUCAAAGAAUACUACGACCUGCGACAACAGCUCGAGGGAUACAAGAGGGAUAUCCGACAAGUCAUCACACAUCCAAAUUACUGCCUGCCGUAUUUGCAGCCCGGCCGUGUGGCCCGCUUCUCGAUCGACGAUGGCGCCGGGCUGAUGAUUGGUGGAUCAACCCCCAAGAGUGGAAACGAAGUCGACUUUGGCUGGGGCAUGGUCAUUGGCUUCUCGAAACGAAUCCAGGCCAACGCCAACAAGGACGAUCUCACCACAGCCACCGAGGGUCCUGUCUACGUAGUGGACUUUUUGGUGCACUGCGAAGCGGGCACCGAUUCCUACAGCAAGCAUCCUCGGCCAUGCGCCCAAGGCGAGAAGGGCGAUAUGGUCCUGCUGACAGGGACCCUGGACUGCAUUAGCCAGUUUUCAAGCGUGAGGCUGCAUGUGCCCAAGGACAUCAAGGGCGUGGAUGCGCGCAAGCAAGUCCUCAAGGCGGUCACGGAGGUGCAGAAGCGCUUCCCGGACGGCCUCCCGUUGCUCGACCCGGUAGAGGAUAUGGGUGUCAAGGACGAGGGCUUUGGCAGACUCAUCAAGAAAGUAGAGUUGGUCGAGAGCAAGCUCUUUGCCAACCAGCUGCACAACGACCCGCGCCUCAAGGAGCUAUACGACCUCUAUGUGCUCAAGGUUCAGCUUGGAGAACAGAUCCGCUCAAUGAAAAAGGAGAUCUCGGCGGCCCAUAGCGUCCUCCAGCUGGAUGAACUCAAGUCUCGACGCCGCGUGCUCCGAAGAAUGGGCUAUGUUUCCGACAGCGACGUCAUCGAUAUGAAAGGCCGUGUCGCUUGUGAGAUUUCCUGCGGCGACGAGCUCGUGCUGACCGAGAUGAUGUUCAACGGUGUGUUUAACGAGCUGACGGUCGACCAGACGGUGGCGCUUCUGAGCUGCUUCUGCUUCCAGGAGAAGACCUCCAAUGACUCGCCCUCUCGCAUCCGCGAAGAACUCAGCGGGCCCUUCCGGGCCAUGCAGGAAGCCGCCCGCCGCAUCGCCAAGGUUUCGAUCGAGUCCAAACUGACGAUCGAUGAAGAAGACUACGUAAAAUCCUUUGGCCCGGAGAUGAUGGACGUCACGUACGCGUGGUGCCAGGGUGCCAAGUUUGCGGAGAUCUGCACGAUGACGGACAUUUUCGAAGGCAGCAUCAUCCGAUGCAUGAGGCGGCUUGAGGAGCUGCUGAGACAGAUGUGCGCGGCUGCCAAGAGCAUCGGCAACACCGAGCUGGAGACGAAGAUGUCCGAAGGUAUCAACAAACUCAAGCGAGACAUUGUGUUCGCCGCCAGCUUGUAUCUCUAAGCUGCGGACUCCGACCAUGCGCCGAUCUUGCUGCCACCAAUGAAAUAUGAUAAAAAGGCAAACCAUACCGAGC